UUGCUCACAGAACAAUGAGUUGGUGGUUAAGAGUCGCUGAAGUGCAUUGCCUUCUUUCUCAGUAAAAGGACAUGACGUCCCCCGGUUCCGUUGUGCCUGGCACCACCGGAGCUCCACUGCAUCCGCGAUGGAAGCGGGUUCUGGGAUGGUCCGGGCCGGUUCCCCGACCGAGACACGGGCACAGAGCUGUAGCCAUCAAGGAGCUGAUGGUCGUUUUCGGCGGAGGAAACGAAGGAAUCGUUGACGAGUUGCACGUUUAUAAUACAGCAACAAACCAGUGGUUCAUACCAGCUGUUCGUGGAGACAUUCCUCCAGGCUGUGCAGCUUAUGGUUUUGUAUGUGAUGGCACACGUCUAUUAGCUUUUGGUGGAAUGGUGGAAUAUGGAAAGUACAGCAAUGACCUUUAUGAGUUACAGGCAAGCAGAUGGGAAUGGAAAAAAUUGAAACCAAAAGCCCCUAAAAAUGGAGCACCACCAUGCCCUCGCCUGGGCCACAGUUUUUCUCUUGUGGGAAACAAGUGCUAUCUUUUUGGGGGGCUUGCCAAUGACAGUGAAGACCCCAAGAACAACAUUCCCAGAUAUUUGAAUGACCUUUAUACCCUUGAGCUGCGUCCGGGCUCCAGCGUUGUGGGCUGGGAUAUACCGGUCACAUACGGUGUACUGCCUCCUCCAAGAGAGAGCCACACUGCUGUAGUUUAUACUGAAAAAGCUACUAAGAAGUCCUGUCUUGUUAUAUACGGAGGAAUGAGUGGUUGCCGUUUGGGAGAUCUUUGGACGUUAGAUAUUGAUACACUGACCUGGAACAAGCCAGCAAUAAGCGGCACAGCUCCCCUCCCCCGUAGCCUCCACUCAGCCACCACUAUUACAAACAAAAUGUAUGUUUUUGGUGGCUGGGUUCCUUUGGUGAUGGAUGAUGUGAAGGUGGCCACGCAUGAGAAGGAAUGGAAGUGUACAAACACACUGGCCUGCCUGAACUUGGACACCUUGUCAUGGGAGACUGUUUUGAUGGACACUUUGGAGGACAACAUACCACGUGCACGAGCAGGACAUUGCGCUGUUGCUAUUAACAACAGACUUUAUGUUUGGAGUGGACGUGAUGGGUACCGCAAAGCUUGGAACAAUCAGGUGUGCUGCAAAGAUCUCUGGUACCUGGAGACAGAGCGACCUAAUCCUCCUUCACGGGUACAGCUUGUCCGGGCCAACACAAAUUCUUUAGAGGUUAGCUGGGGAGCGGUGUCUACAGCAGACAUGUACCUGCUUCAGCUUCAGAAAUAUGAUAUCCCAUCAGCCACUGCUGCCACAUCACCAGCCCUCAAUGCAGUUCCCUCCCUCCCUGGAAACUCGCCUAAGAGUCCAGCGCCUGCCGCAGCUGCUCCGUCUGCUCAGAGUCUGCCGCAAAGUGGCAUCACCUUCGUGCCCCAGGCUGCUUCUCCCACAGCCUCAGUCCUGCCCAGCACACCUGCAAGUCCUGUGGCUGCCUCAACAGCACGUGGCCCAGCUAUUUUGAAAGUUGCGGCCCCUCAGUCAGGCACCGGGACGUCGAUUAUCACUGUGCGGCAGGCCGGAAAAUCCCCAGUCACUAUGACAUCACUUCCUGCAGGUGUUCGCAUGGUAGUGCCAACACAGACCGCUCAAAGAACGGUAUGAAGCAAGAUGAGUGGAAUGGCAGCUUUGGCCGCAGCUGCUGCAGCCACACAGAAAAUCCC